UCGGGGGCGGUGCCCGCAGCGUUCAAAACACAGCCUGUCCCCAAUCCGUCCUGAUCUCCGCUUCCUGCCGCUUUUGCGCUCUUUUUUUUUUUUUUUAAAUUUGGAUUUACGCACAUUACUGUGCUCCUUUUUUAUCGUCUCCUUUGCGAAACUUGUCUCCUUUUCUACUUUUUGACUGACUUUUCUCUGUGUAGAUAUAAUGCGGCUGCUCUCCUUGUAUUGCCUACGAGAUACAUUUUGUUCCGAGAUUGUUUUCCCCAACAGCUUCAUCCCUCUGCUGUCGACUCUUGGUUUUUGUCGCCUUCGCUGAACAUGAAUUGCUUUUUCGUUGUCGUUGUUGUUGUAAACACCGUAUAAAUGCAACCGCCGUCCAAAGCAUUGCCUGGUUUCGAAAUCAAAGAGGCAUUGAUAGAGUUGUGAUGGUUGUGUUCAGUGCAAACGAGUUUGAUCUCACUGGGAUGUCUACCAUCAGGUGCGUGAGCCCUGGGUGCAGGCUGGCCUGUGCCGCGGAGGGGAUGAAGAACCCGUUGGCCGCAGAGAGCCGCAGGCUGCUCGGCCUGCUGGAGGCCGCUCUGCUCAGGGAGGCUCGUCUCUGGAAGGUGCCGGUCUUCAAAAACGGAUGCAUUCAGGGCGCUGACAUCUCUUUGUCCCAACACCAGCAAACGAUCGUCUGGAUCGGAGAGAUGAGCCGGCUGUUUCGGUUCUGUCCGGAAACCUUUGCGCUGGGAGCGUGCGUCCUUAACCGCCUCCUGUCCACCGUCAAGGCACAGAGAAAAUAUCUGAAAUGCAUCGCUUUUACCUCCCUGGUCCUGGCUGCCAAAAUCAACGAGGAGGAUGAGGUUCUUGGUUCCGUUAAAGACCUGGUGGUGCGGAGUGGAUGCAACUUUUCAACAGCGGAGAUUGUUCGCAUGGAGCGGAUCAUUCUGGACAAGCUGCACUGGGACUUGUACACGGCAACACCGGUCGACUUUAUUCACAUCUUCCACGCCCUGCUCAUCUCCGGCCAUCCCCACCUCGCUCCGUCCUUUGGUCCCGGCUCCGGCAUGGACCCCGGGACGGGUGCCGGUGCGAUCCCCGUCAAGCCCAGGCAUCAGAAGAUCCCCCCCUCAGGCUUCCAGGCGGCGUUGUGGACCAGGCAGGUACAGCACUGUAUGGCCUGCCACCAACUUUGGCAGUUCAAGGGCUCCACGUUGGCCUUGGCCAUCAUCACUUUGGAGCUGGAGGCGCUCACUCCCGACUGGUUCUCAGUCUUCACCGACCUACUGAAAAAAGCGCAGGUUGACAGCGCCGAGUUCAUCCACUGCAAAGAGAUCGUAGACGAGUACCUACACAGCAUGGAGUUCUCCCUGCCGGCCAACGCCGUGUACAUCUUGGACAGCGCCCAGAUCCAGGAGCAGCAGCAGCAGGAGGAGGUCCUCAGCCUCUCGCAGCGCCACUCUGCAGCCAGAAGGGGGCGUGGCGGCAGUGAGCAAGGGGAUUUGGAGGACUACUACGGUUUUAGGCGUCUGUAUAACGAGGAGAGCCAUAUAGAGGGUUUCUUUGAACUUCAGCAGAAGGGCGUCUCACCCUGCCCGCCGCUGCACCCUGCUGACGACUAACGGGACGUCUGUCACCGUCCACCUUCGCUCUCAUGAUUCCAGAGGCCACAGAUUUCUACGUCCUAGUGUAGUUUAUAGCUCCUUCUGUGCGUCUGCCUUCAGUCACAUUAUGAAUAUGGAUUAGGGUAAAAGGUGACUUUUUAUUUUUGCUGUGACGGCGGGUGAAGCGAACGAGAGAACUGUAAGAAUUCAGUGAGCGUCGCUACAAUGAGACGUGGCUGUUUGUCUUCAGUGGACUUUGUUUUAGAUUAUCAACGGUUUCAUUGCGUUGGAUGUUUUAAUUUCCGUUUCUGAUUACUAUCCUGAUUUUUAGGUGUUUUAUGUGAAGCAUCUUGGUGCUCAGGUUCCUCACCAGAGCCACAAAGCACUUUAAGAUAAAGUUUAGCUUUUUGCUAAUAUUUUUUCAGCCUUAUUUUUUAUAUAUAUAAAACUUUUACUUAACAUUUGUUUUAUUUACACCUUAUUUACAAAAGCGACAUUUUACACAAAAGCUUUACUUUGACUAAAUUAUGCAAUUUCCUUUUUUUCUAUACUGCAACAUGUGUUCAUUUCCUUCAUGCUAACUGUUGUUACAUAUCAAAUGAGCACCUUUUUUGAGAGAUUAGUUCAAGUGAUUAAUUUCAUGGUAUUAUUUCAUUUUCAGUAUUUUGUGAGUGCGUUCGGUGUGAGAGGACAAGUAAUGCGAGACUGAAGUUUGGGAUCAAGGUGUCAUGUUUUGAUGUGAUCAGGCAGAGAUUAGUCAGUGCCAUGAGCUUUACUUUAUCCAUUGGCGUGGUGGAGAAAAAUGUGGCCGUUUAAAAUAAAUUUGUCUUAUGAGGGCAAAGCGCGUCUCCACUGCCAAAGCUCUGAAGCUCAAAAACACUGAAUACUUUAAGCAAUAAUGUCUCCAAUGUGAACUAGUUUUUGUUUUCCAAACCGUAGAGGUUUUAUCAGGUUAUUUCACGUUUUUCCUCCAUGUGCUGAGGCAGCUAUUUCAUAUGGGUUUUUUUUCUGACCACAUAAAUAAACUACAAUUUUGAAAG